AUGGGCAGCAUCCAGCUGGCACGAGCAGAGCUGGGGACCUGGAUGGGACCCAGCCAGUGGCAGGUGCUGGCAGAGCUAGGGGGGUCUCAGUGGACCGUCAGCAUCAAUAAGGCCAUUAAUGCGCAGGAAGUGGCUGUCAAGGAGAAACACGCCAGGACAUGCAUCCUGGGCACACACCACGAGAAGGGAGCACAGACCUUCUGGUCAGUGGUGAACCGCCUGCCACUGUCAGGCAAUGCUGUGCUCUGCUGGAAGUUCUGCCAUGUCUUCCACAAGCUCCUCCGGGAUGGUCAUUCCAAUGUCCUCAAAGACUCUGUGAGAUACAAGAAUGAGCUGAGUGACAUGAGCAGGAUGUGGGGCCACCUAAGUGAGGGCUAUGGGCAGCUCUGCAGCAUCUACCUCAAACUGCUGAGAACCAAGAUGGAGUUUCACACCAAGAAUCCUCGCUUCCCUGGCAAUCUGCAGAUGUCCGACCGGCAGCUUGACGAGGCAGGGGAGAACGACGUCAACAACUUUUUUCAGCUGACAGUGGAGAUGUUUGACUACCUUGAGUGUGAGCUGAACCUCUUCCAGACAGUGUUCAGCUCCCUGGACAUGUCGCGCUCGGUGUCGGUGACUGCGGCAGGGCAGUGUCGCCUGGCCCCGCUCAUCCAGGUCAUCCUGGACUGCAGCCACCUCUACGACUACACUGUCAAGCUCCUCUUCAAGCUCCACUCCUGUCUGCCAGCAGAUACACUGCAGGGCCACCGGGAUCGCUUCCUGGAGCAAUUCCGAAAGCUCAAGGACCUCUUCUACCGCUCCAGCAACCUGCAGUACUUCAAGCGACUGAUCCAGAUCCCACAGCUGCCAGAGAACCCUCCCAAUUUCCUGCGUGCCUCAGCGCUGUCGGAGCACAUCAGCCCCGUGGUAGUCAUCCCUGCUGAGGCAUCCUCACCUGACAGUGAGCCCGUCACAGACCUGGUGGAGAUGGACACAGCCUCACAGAGCCUAUUUGACAACAAGUUUGAUGACAUCUUUGGCAGCUCCUUCAGCUGUGACCCCUUCAACUUCAACAGCCAGAAUGGGAUGAACAAGGAUGACAAGGACCGGUUAAUUGAGCAGCUUUAUGGGGAGAUUGCAGCCCUGAAGGAGGAGCUGGAGAGCUUCAAGGCCGAGCUGCGUGGCCGUGCCAGCGAGCUGGAGGCUGAGCUGGCUGAGCAGCAGCACCUGAAGCAGCAGGCACAGGAUGAGAGUGAGUUCCUGCGCACGGAGCUGGAGGAGCUGAAGAAGCAGCGAGAGGACACCGAGAAGGCACAGCGGAGCCUGACAGAGAUCGAGAGACGGGCACAGGCCAACGAGCAGCGCUACAGCAAGCUGAAGGAGAAGUACAGUGAGCUGGUGCAGAACCACGCAGACCUUCUGCGGAAGAACGCAGAGGUGACCAAGCAGGUGACUAUGGCCAGGCAGGCCCAGGGGGAUGUGGAGCGGGAAAAGAAGGAGCUGGAGGACUCCUUCCAGCGAGUGAGCGAGCAGGCACAGAGGAAGUGCUGCCAACCUCUCCCUUUGCCACAGUCUCAGGAGCAGGCAGAGGUGCUGGAGACGCUGAAGCGGGAGUUGGCAGCCAGCAGACAGGAGCUGCAGGUGCUCCAGGGCACGCUGGAGUCCAGCACACAGGCAGGAGCAGAGCAGAACACACGGAUCACUGGCCUGGAGCAGGAGAGGGACAGGCUGAGCCAGGCAGCGGAGCGGCACGGGGAGGAGAUGGCAGCACUGAGGGCAGAGCUGCAGCAGCUGCGGGACACGCUCAGCCAUGAGCAGGAGAGCAGCAGGACAGAGCUGGAGAUGCUGCAGGCCCAGCUGAGAGACAAG